AUGAAGAAAGACACAGAGCUUUUGCGUAAAGUAGUUAUCUUGCGCCUUCCUGUUUGGGUCCGAAAGCCUGCAAGUGGCUGUUUGGAUGGUGUGGAUGUUAUCGUUGUUGUUGUUGGUGGUGGUGGUGUGCUUUCGACUCUAAAGACCGAGAUUCAUCUCAGCGGUGCUGACGAGCCAGUUGAUUCCAAACCGUUGAUAAUGCCCCUGGCUCACGCUUUGGCGAUAGAAGUGGUUGGUCUCGGUGAACAGCAAAAUACUACCAAGCCCAGUUUAGGCAUAACUGCCUCAUCUGGAUAUAGUCUCCCUGCUGGUCAGUUCUGUUGUCCAGACGGUCUCUUCGCCUGUUUACCACCAUCUGAGACUAUUCCAAUCGGCAACCGCACUUGGUCUCAACGCAUUUGUCUACCCCAGAGUCUGCGUUGCGAUGGAGUCGUAAAUUGUCCCCUGGGCGAUUCGGACGAACAGAACUGUUCCGAUCCACUACCGGUUGAAUUUCCUCCAAUCCCAGUUGAUGAAUCUGAACAAUUUGUCACAUAUUUGCGCACAGUUCGUCCGGUUCGAUUGAUCACCGAGGCCGGCUAUGCCUCACCUCCGUCACCCGCUUUUGGCAUUGUCAUUCAUCAAGCUCAGGCGGCCUGGUACAGUCUGAUCGUUUCGGCGGCACUCAUACUUGUAGUCUUAUUGAUCUGUUCCAUUUGGCUUUUACGUUCCGUGUGCAAGCGUCGACCGAUGAAAAGAUUGAUACCGUUCCACAACAAAUGGCCUCGAAAAUUGUCUGAUUCCGGACCCAGUUCGAUCUGUCCUCGUUCACAACCGACCGAUGAGUAUGGUGAUGAUGAAGAUAACGAGGAGGAGGAUGCUCAAUGGAUCAAAGGGGGAGAUUCGUUUCAUUGUGAACAAUCGGAUUUACUCAUCAAUCCGUCCCACGGUAUCUCACGUCAUUUACCAACCGGUGUGAAUAGAGUUUCUUCCGCCCGGCCUAAUCAACCCGGUACGGAUUCCGCGUCACGGUCGUCAGCCCAUUGUGCAUUUACCGGUAUGAAUCCGAACUCUUCUGGCCCGGUAAACAAAACGUCUCCGACAGAUGCGACUCACAACGAGCUCGUUAUGUCCUCGUCCAAAAAUACCGCAAACGGUGGACGAUACACCGGUUGGAUACCACUAUCCUCUUCCUCGCGUCCCGCAUCUUCUGUUGCCAGUGUCACCACUUGA